AUGGAGUGGAGCAACUAUUCCACGUAUGCCGACUUUGUCCUCCUGGGUGUGUUCAGCAAUACCAGAUUUCCCUGGCUUCUCUUUGCCCUCAUUCUCCUGGUCUUUGUGAUCUCUAUAGCCAGUAACAUUAUCAUGAUUAUUCUGAUCCAUAUGGACUCCCGCCUCCACACCCCCAUGUACUUCCUGCUCAGCCAGCUCUCCCUCAUGGACAUUCUGUACAUUUCCACCAUUGUGCCAAAGAUGCUGCUUGAUCAGGUGACUGGACACAGGGCCAUUUCCUUUGUGGGCUGCACUGCACAGCACUUCCUCUAUUUGACCCUGGCAGGGGCUGAGUUCUUCCUUCUGGGACUCAUGUCUUACGACCGCUACAUAGCCAUCUGCAACCCUCUACGAUACUCUGAACUUAUGAGCCGCAAGAUCUGCUUGUUAAUUGUGGUGGCAGCCUGGUUGGGAGGAUCUGUCGAUGGCUUCUUACUCACCCCCGUCACCAUGCAGUUCCCCUUCUGUGCCUCGAGGGAAAUCAAUCACUUUUUCUGUGAGGUUCCUGCCCUUUUGAAACUCUCCUGUGUGGACACAUCGGCUUAUGAGACAGCCAUGUAUGUCUGCUGCAUCCUAAUGCUCCUCAUCCCCUUCUCUGUCAUCUCAGCAUCCUACACAAGGAUUCUCGUAACUGUUUACAGGAUGAAUGAGGCAGAAGGAAGGCAGAAGGCUGUGGCCACCUGCUCUUCUCACAUGCUAAUUGUUAGUCUCUUCUAUGGAGCGGCCAUGUACACAUAUGUGCUACCGCACUCGUACCACACCCCUGAGCAGGACAAAGCUGUGUCUGCUUUCUAUACCAUCCUCACUCCCAUGCUCAACCCGCUCAUUUACAGCCUCAGGAACAAGGAUGUCACAGGGGCCAUGAAGAAAGCUCUGGGGAGGUGUCUGUCCUCAGGAAAGGUAACAACUUUCUAA